UCUUUCUUCUCCCGUAGGACUAUAUUUGCCCACGGUGUGAAUCUGGUUUUAUUGAAGAACUUCCUGAAGAGCCAAGGAAUGCUGACAAUGAGACCAGCUCCUCUACAUCAACCAGCGAUCAGAGCAGGCAUCCUUUUGAGAACGUAGAUCAGCACUUAUUCACCUUGCCACAGGGCUAUGGCCAAUUUGCCUUUGGGAUCUUUGAUGACAGCUUUGAGUUUCCAUUUGGGUCCAAUGUGCAGUCGGAAGACAACAGGGACUCUGAGAACCGGAGGGAGCGAGAGCAUCAGUCUCGGCAUCGAUACGGUGCAAGGCAGCCUCGAGCCCGUCUCGCUACACGCCGUGCCGCUGGCAGGCACGAGGGAGUUCCCACGCUAGAAGGAAUUAUCCAGCAACUGGUCAAUGGAAUUAUUGCACCUACAACAAUACCAAACCUAGGACUAGGUCCUUGGGGAGUCUUGCAUUCAAAUCCAAUGGACUAUGCAUGGGGUGCCAACGGCUUGGAUGCAAUUAUUACACAGUUACUAAAUCAGUUUGAAAACACUGGACCGCCGCCAGCAGACAAAGAAAAGAUCCAGGCCCUCCCCACCAUACAGAUCACACAGGAACACGUAGAAUCUGGGUUAGAGUGUCCUGUGUGUAAAGAAGACUAUACAGUCGGUGAAAAUGUCCGGCAGUUACCUUGCAAUCACCUAUUCCACAACAGCUGUAUAGUCCCUUGGCUGGAACAGCAUGACACGUGUCCUGUGUGCCGGAAAAGCUUGAGUGGACAAAACACUGCCACAAACCCCCCAGGACUCACAGGGAUGAACUUCUCAUCAUCCUCCUCCUCCUCUUCCUCCAGCUCACCAAGUAACGAAAACUCAUCGAACAACUCAUGAAAUCUUAAGCCAACCCUCUGUCCCUGGGGCCCUGUCCAUUGUCCUUCCUCCCUCCCCAGCCAACGUAAGCAACGAAAGGGGCUUCCAGAGCAGAGCGAGGGGAGGGUAGCAAGGGGGAAGCAGCACCCCCAGAAUUCCCUUUUGAGUUCUGAAGACACGGAGACUCUGGGUCCUUCAGAGAUGAGAAGCCUCGAGUUCUGUGACGGGGGGAAAGAGCUCUGUCUGUUAAUAAAAACAUCCAUUUGCCCCGUGGACUUUUCACCAUUGCAGUGAAAGGCUGCUGCGCUCCACAGGUGGGAAACCCGAGGUGCUGAGCUAGCGGUUGCAAUUCUGAAUGGUUGUUAGUAUGGUUUUGAAUUUGAGAUUUCUUUCUUUAUUUCUUUUGCUCCUCCUCCUCCCCUUGGAUUCUAUCUCUUCUGCUUUGGAGAUUGAAGUCUUUAAAAUGAAAGCGUAAUGAUACUGCCUCCCUCCCAGGAUCUCCAGCUGGGGAGGGCCGAUAGUUGUCACUGAAAAAAAUGAACUCUUGAAAUAGAUCCCAUUAUCCUUCCUUUCCCCACCUCAAGUCCCAUUUAUUUUUCUUUAUAACCCCACCCAUCUGAUACUCAACACUGAAAGGGUUUUUAUAAUUUUAAAUUAUUACUGCUGUUAAAUAAAUGGACGUUUCAGCUCAA